CCCCCGAAGCCUCUUGGUGAACUUUCUGGCAUGAUGGCUGUGGGCCUCACCAUCAUCAUGCGGGGUCUUUGGGUGCGGAGGCCGAGUUUCCCCGCCGGCGGCGGCGAUAUUCUGCGCGCACGCAAGCAUUUCUUUUCCCGCUUCCUCACCAACGCCCACCUCUUCGCCGAUACCCAGAGCUGUUGGUGGGAGAAGUUGUCGCACUCUAACGCAGUAUAUCUCUGCCUGUCUGUCUGUCUGUCUGGACAACAGCAGUGACUGAGGCAGGGGCGACACCACAGGCAAAGCCCUCUCCCCUAGCUCGCUUAUCUUCGAAGCGUCGGGGGGAAGAGGUGAGGGCGAACCAUGGACUUGCAAGGCGGGCCAACGUUUGAGGACCUCUCCAUUGACGAUGAGCUCACCCAACUGCAGAGACUCGUAAGGUACAGCAGCAGCUCCAUCGCGCUGCAGCGGCUUGUUCACGUCAAGAUGCUAGCGGAGACCGCCACAGCGGUCGGUUUCGAACAAACGGUCAAGUCGGUGGUGCCUUUGCUGGGGCCACUCGCCGAGGACCAAGAGCUUGUCGUGCGGCAACACCUGGGCGAGCAGCUGGAGGAGAUCGCCAGGUUUUGCAGGCUUCAGGGAAAGGAGGCUGGCUACAGGCUCAUCAUCGAGAUCGUGCUGCCGACGUUGGCCAAGCUGCUGGGGGACCCUCAGGCGGAGGUGCGGCAGGCGGCGGGGGAGAGCCUGGUUGGAGUCGCCAACCUCAUGAAGCCGAUCGACCUGGGGCAUCACGUCCUCACGAUCGUUCUUCAGCUGGCGCACGAUGACGAGCAGGAGGAGUUGCGCAUGACGGCGGCGGCUUUGUUGAACGAUCUGGCCGAUGCUCUCGGUUACGACCUUUGCAAGCAGUUCGUCACCCCUGAAAUGGAGUCUCUAUCAGAGGAUCCGGUGUUCCGAGUGCGAAAAGCGACGGCGUUAAAUCUCGACAAGAUCUGCAAGGUUGUGGGAGAAGCGGGGAUCGCAAGGCUUUUGCCCGCGUACGUUCGACUUACCAAGGACGAUGUUUAUCGGGUACGGAAAGCUUGCACGGAGGCGAUGGUGGAGAUGAGCAAGGCUGUAGGGUCAGAGGUGAGCUUGCGGGAGCUAACGCCGGUGUUCCUCAACCUGGCCUCGGACUCUUCCAAGCUUGUCCGAACGGGGGCAUUGCAGCACCUUGGCAGGCUUAUCUCCACGCUGCCGGGAGAGUCAGUGAGCGAAGACCUCGUGAGGUACUUCACGGGGACCGCGGUGGAGAGCAUGGGAGACCCGGUGGUGAGCAUGGGAGACCCGGUGGUGAGCAUGGGAGACCCGGUGGUGAGCAGUGCAGCGGUAGUGCUCCGUCCGUCUCGCUUGUUGUCUUUGUCAUAUGUUUGGCUUCGUAACGAAAGACGUCUGAGUAUGAUUUUUUGUUAUCCUCAAUAACAUGACGCGAAAAAUUGUAGACGUGGGGAUGGCAUCUAAUUGUGUGCGUCGACAGACACCACCUGCUUUAGCGGAGAUCCAUCCAUUCGCCGGUAAUCAAUGUCUUGUUCCGUGUGGUUGUUAAUGUGCGGGAGGUCUAGUGUCGUGGACAACUUCAUCUCAACUUUUUCCACGUCCUCAAGACGAGACGGUUGAACGCCGCCAUUUUCGACACCGUCACCGUUUUGGCGGAUGCGGAGUUGCGAUUGUACUGCGCCUUUUCCUUCCCAGCGGUCGCCAUCACCAUUGGCCCUGAUCGAUGGCACGAGCUUCGCGAGUCGUUCGCCGCGCUCAUCCGAGACCCUAGCUGGUCCGUCCGCAAGACCCUCAGCUUUAGCCUGCAUGAGAUUGCAAAGGUUUUGAAGGCGGAUG